CGGGUUCCAUUGGGAAAUCUCAACCUGUCUUCAUUGAAAUAGUUUUACUAGACAUCACAGAGAGCGACAACUAUCAGGAGAUGUGCAAACAAGUACGUCAUAGGUCACUCGUCCCAUUUUGGUAUCAUCCGAUCGUGAACUCUCAUGUUCCAAGCCGAUGGGAAUUGAUGUGACCUUUGUGGGUUUAUUAAGUCCCUACGCAAAACUCAUCCAAUCAAAGAGGUAUGAUCGGGCUCUCUCGCUUCCAGGGUCCAGGUGUUAUGACGAAACGGCAAUGGCUUGAUACCAAGAUGAAACGGUACAUUACUCAAUUUACAAUUUCCUCCGUUUUGCGCGAUCGAUCAUCGGUGAACGUCAGCCCCACCCCCUCAUUCUUCGGGUAUCCACGUAUCAAGAAUACUGGGGAUUUCCAGUUCUUUCUAUCGAAACAUGGGUGGACCUCGACUGGAUACUGGCAUGAACACGAAACAUUCUUGAGGACGAAGCGGUCAGGUCAGGACAGGAUUGAUGGGAGGAGGCUUGUCGGAAUGCUGUUUCGACAAUGGCAUUUGCUUCACCCUCUACCUGGUGGUUUGGACAGCUUGGACAGUUUGGACAAGGAACGGAGCAGUUUGCAAGUCGCCCCUUGUACUUACAGCUCCGCCUAUGGCCUAGGCCUUGUUCAUAUAUCGUUGUGACAACGCCCACUCCCGUCUCGGUUUGCAUCAGCUCCAGAGAGGCUAGAUAAGGAUUAACUCGUAUAUGUGGCCUUCUCUCUCUAUGUCAUGAAUCAUUUGUGAAGCGAUCAUGGCCCUGCUAUGAAGAUGUCGACACUGCAGAUUUGCCACUCUGCUUGCAACACCUGCACAGAAUUUCACGCAGCCGUCGUACAGAUCACUAAUCUAAUGCGAAAUAAUAUACGCGAGCCAUGAUGCAAGGAACCGUUUUUACCGGCUGCCGUAAG